AUCAAGAGAAAUCAUUAUAAGAGAUAUCAACAGAUUCCCCCACUUUAGAGAUGGAUCUUGCUCUUGUGGGGAUUAUUGGUAACAUUAUUUGAGCCUGAUGCAUUCUUAUGGUGCUAAAGAUGCAAGCCACUCAGAAUGUAAGUGCUAAAGGCCUGUGUGAUAGAAUUUUCUUGGAUAAUCUCAUUUUUCUUGGAUAAUGUGGAAGUGUGCUAAAGCUUCAGCUCUCCAGGGUGAUUGUAGACAUGGUCUGCUAGAUAUCAAAUUCAAGCUCAUGCUCCUGCCUGAGUUCAUAAAAGGAUCUAUGAAUCUUCAAAGCAAAUGCCUAGAGUAUUUCAUUUUCAAUCGCUUCCCCACAAAGAAUUCUGGAUCAAUUUUUUCCAGGAGUUUAUCCCAGAUGGAAGGGACAUUGGACUGUGUAUCUUUACCAGUGACAUUGAGAGGAAUUGUUCUUCCGGACAUGCAUGCUUGUGGUUCACCUAGUUGAAGAAUAUCCAGUCUGUGUCAGGUUGUCCUAACGUCCUAUUGGGCUGGAAUGGGUUGGAUGGCUAUAAAUGUCACUAUGUUAUGCUAUAUACCCCAUCGCUCACUAUGCACAAACUUAGCAUCCUCCUUCUAUUUCUUUUGAACUUUUACUUCUUGUUUGGUCUGCAUUUAUGUAUUAAACAAUAUUUGCAGAAUGGUGCAACCGACGCUUAUGACUAAUGUAUUCGGCGAUUUUUGUUGUUCA